GGCCGUGUACAGUAGGUUGUAUUCUCAUUUGCUCCUCCACCACUUCUCUUGGGAAGAUGUCUGUCAAGAAGGUGUUGUUGAACUCAGGCCACCGGAUGCCUCUGCUGGGCCUCGGUUGCUGGCAGUCACCAGCAGGGGAGGUGGAGGCGGCGGUGGAAACAGCACUCGAUGCAGGGUACCGCCACAUCGACACUGCCUUUGUGUACCUAAACGAGGAGGCGGUAGGAGUGGGGCUCCACCAAUGGCUGAACAAGACAGGCAACAAGAGGAGUGAAGUCUUUGUCGUCACCAAGUUACCCCCACACGGGAUGUCAGCAGAAGGGGUACACAAGUUUCUGCAGAAAUCCCUAAAGGCGCUCAAGCUGGACUACGUUGACCUCUACCUCGUCCACCUCCCGGUUGGCCUGAAGAGUAAACAUGACUUAGAUAUUUUGGCGAAGAGGGACGAUGGCCAGUUUGAUAUAGACGAAGGAACUGAUCUCAUAGCUAUCUGGAAGGAGAUGGAGAAAUUGGUGGACAUGGGGCUGACCAAAUCGAUAGGCGUGUCCAAUUAUAGCAUCAAACAGAUACGGAAGACAUGUGCUAUAUCCAAAAUAAAACCAGUCGUUAAUCAGGUGGGUGAAAGUGGAGUUGCAUGUAUACUUCAACAGCGUCAGAUGCAGGAGUUCUGUAAGACCCACAACAUCUUCCUGACGGCAACCCUGCCAUCACCCCGCUUGUUGGAAGACCCAGUGGUGAGGUUGGUAGCAGAGCGUCAUGGGAUCACCACUGCUCAGGUCCUACUCAGAUUCCUGGUACAACAAAACAUCAUCGUCAUCCCUAAGUCUGUGAACCCCGAGCGUAUCAAAACGAAUGGAGAUUUGUGGAGCUUCAGUUUGUCGGAGCUGGAGAUGGAAGCUCUGACGACAUUAGACAAAGGAGAAUCUGGUCGGAGCUUUGUUUUCGUUGGUUCAGGAAUGACAGAGCACCCGGAAUAUCCUCUGUAAGGUGGUUGACAACACUAUCACCAGGGCUACCAUCACUAAUACCAGGGCUACCAACACUAAUACCAGGGCUACCAACACUAUCACCAGGGCUACCAGCACUAAUACCAGCGCUACCAACACUAUCACCAGGGCUACCAACACUAAUACCAGGGUUACCAACACUAAUACCAGGGUUACCAACUCUAAUACCAGGGUUACCAACUCUAAUACCAGGGCUACCAACACUAAUACCAGGGCUAUCAUCACUAUUAUCAGGGCUACCAACACUACCACCAGGACUAUCAACACUAUUAUCAGGGCUAACAACACUAUUACCAUGGCUACCAACUUAUCAGGACUACCAACACUAAUACCAGGACUAUCAUCACUAUUAUCAGGGCUACCAACACUAAUACCAGGACUACCAACACUAAUACCAGGACUAUCAUCACAUUCAUCACUAUUAUCAAGGCUACCAACACUACCACCAGGACUAUCAUCACUAUUAUCAGGGCUAACAAUACUACCACCAGGGCUACCAACACUGUGACCAGGACCACCACCACAACCACUGCAGCUAACCACUAUCAGCACCUGAGCCACUGUCGUCUUUACUCACCGCUACCACAACCACCACCACUACAACAUCCACCACUACCACAACCACCACCACUACCACAACAACCACCACUACCACAACCACCACCACUACAAC